AUGCCGCAAAAACCCAUCCGCCUACCGCCUCUCGAGGUUCUGCGCGUCAAGAACCCGAAGCGCAACCCCAAGAACCCCUGCACGGUCGUCAUGUCCAGCGUGCUCGCCUGCUGGGCGUCCGCGGGAUACAACGCCGCCGGGUGCGCCGCGAUCGAGUCGCAGCUGCGGCAGUGCAUGGACGGCCCCAAGCCGCAGCCGGCGCCGCCCAACACGAUCAACCACCACAUGGGCCGUCUCGGCCGGCACAUCACGUACAACGGCAAGCCGACGUAA